AGUCCUCGCUGCAUGCCGGGAACUGUAGUCUUUUUGGGACCCCUCUCUGCUUCAGCGUGGAGAGGCGCCAUCUUAGGUCCCGAGGUGCGGCCGCGCCGAGCCAGAGCGCAGGCGGGCUCAGCCCCCGCGCCGGGCCGGCCCCGCCCCCGGGGCGCCUGGCGCCCGCCCCCCGCUCAGGCCCCGCCUUUCCCCACGUGUCCGCCGCCGAGGGGAGGCGCCUGAGCCGGAGCGGGCCCGCCAGAGGUCCGGGCCCGCCAGAGGUCCGGCCCCGUCGGCGCUGAGGGUCCUGUCGGCGGCGCCCGGGAGCGGCCCGGCUCCCCGAUGCUCCCGCGCCGGCUGCCGCGGGCCGGGCUGUGCGCUUAGUGCCCGGCUCUGGCCCCCCGAAGUGCCCGCGGGGGUGGGAGCGGCCUCGGCCCCGCGGAGACGGAGCGGCUGGAGGACGAGGCGGCGGCCGCGGGGAGGAGGAUGGGGGCUAACCAGUUAGUGGUGCUCAACGUGUACGACAUGUACUGGAUGAAUGAAUACACCUCGUCCAUCGGAAUUGGAGUUUUUCAUUCAGGAAUUGAAGUAUACGGCAGAGAAUUUGCUUAUGGUGGCCAUCCUUACCCCUUUUCUGGAAUAUUUGAAAUUUCCCCAGGAAAUGCUUCUGAACUAGGAGAAACAUUUAAAUUUAAAGAAGCUGUAGUUUUAGGGAGCACGGACUUCCUGGAGGACGACAUAGAGAAGAUUGUGGAGGAGCUGGGCAAGGAGUACAAGGGCAACGCCUACCACCUGAUGCACAAGAACUGCAACCACUUCUCCUCGGCGCUGUCGGAGAUUCUUUGCGGGAAGGAGAUUCCUCGCUGGAUCAAUCGUCUGGCCUACUUCAGCUCCUGCAUCCCCUUCCUCCAGAGCUGCCUCCCCAAGGAGUGGCUCACCCCCGCAGCCCUGCAGUCCAGCGUCAGCCAGGAGCUGCAGGAGGAACUGGAGGAGGCCGAGGAUGCGGCCGCGGCCGCCUCCAUGGCCGGCCCCUCGGCGGGCUCCAGACCCGGGCGCCACACCAAACUAUAAAAGGUCUCCCAAGUCUCACCCUCAGAACUGUCUCCGACCGGUGACUGUCCCCAGAGAAAAGUAAGAGAGUAAGAAGCAUCCUUUGGGUAUUUUGUAUGCAAAGAUGGCUCUCCCCCAAAUCCCAGUUUUUCAGCUCAGGAUUAUAUUUGUAAUCAAAAGAAUCACUUGGCGCAGGAGGGAGAACUUUGUACGAAGCCGCCCUCGGUUUUUUUUACCCACUUGUAAAUUGGGGUUUACUUCUGUUUUCUACAAGCUCUGUUAAGUUAUGUUUACAGUAUUUUGUAUCGCUGUUUACAAACCUUGCAUGGACUCCUGCCACCGUGAAAGAAGACAGCCUUCACGUCUCGGGAACUUCGGUGGAUCACCUUCCUCCACUUGCGACAAUUUCCAGAGCCACGGCGUCCGCAGUCGGCACACGAAGGGCGCUUGAGCGGCUCUGGCCACCACUACCUGCUCCAGAAGGGUCGUUUAGGUUCGCGUGUGGUUCUGUUCGCGUUUGGGCACCGAGGCCAAGAAGCUCCCGCAGCCCAAGGGCUCGGGGCCCGGGUCUGCGGGAAAGGCUCUGCCAGGCAGGGGCCUGCACCCCUGACACCUGUCCCCCCAGGCGGGCCGGCCCGUCCCAUGACGCCUCUGAUUCUGCCGUUAGGAUGGUUUUCGUUUGAGAUAGUCUUGCUAGGAACCGAGGGGUAUUUUUGCACACGUGUUGGGGGCUUCAUCGAUUAUUUUAAUACAGACUGACCUCCCUGCACACGAUUUCGCCGACGGGGCGGGAGUAGCAGCAGGAGUUGACAUUCAACUGCUUUUGAACUAUUCAGGCUGCCUUUUAUACUAGACCUUGAAAACUGGAGCCUGAAGUAACGCCCUCCACAUAGUUCACGAUUUGAUAUCCCGACACUUCGUGUAACCAGACGGAGCGCGUCGGAGUCCUGUUGCUUCGUUCCGGGGUAGUUUGACCUCAGAGUAGAAAAACCUAGUCUCAUUGACCUCUCGUUAAAGGAUGUUUGUGUGUCUUAAAACUCAUCUUUUUCUGUUCUCCCAAGUGUGUGUCUCUUACGUGACCUCCUCCCACAAGGAAAUUGUCACCACCGAUAGAUAAGUCCUCGUUAGCAAGGACUCUGUCUGCUCACAUCUACUCCCAGUUUGACCCUUGGAUGUAAGAGCCAAGUCACUACAUGUCAGAUUCAAUUUUUCUGCCUUAAGAAUGAAUGUCCUACAUAGAAUAUUGGGUGAGCGCAUAAAUUAUCCAAGGCAGUGACUUCAGCUUUAUAUAUAUUGUUAGUUUUAAAGUCACCACCUUUUAUUUAAACUCCUAGAUCGGAUUGUUUGCUAUUUCUCUUUGUAAAGAUACAUAUCUUUCAGUAAAGGACAUUUUUAACUUUUCCAUCA